AUGGACACGUGUGCCGCACGCCGCCUGCUCCUCUUCUCGCUCCCGACCCCGAAGCUCCCUCCGGAGCAUCCUCUGCUCAGGCGGCGGCGCAGGGGCAGGGCCUGGCCCGGCGUCGCUCGCUGCGCCGCUGAGGCUGGCACCGGAUGGGGAGGCAUCGUCGAGGACGACCUUUCUGAGCUCCUGCAGAUUCUCCCGAGGGAUUUGCGAGAUAAUCUGCAAAAUGAACCUAGAAAGGACCAACUGCUGGAGGUCAUUCUGGAUUUGGGGAGACGGCCAGAAGCACGUUUCCUUGGUGACUCUGGUGGCCAAUAUCUACGGGACAGUGAGAUCUCACAGAAAGAGUUGGAGGAUGCUCAGAGGGCUGUAGGAGAGUUUGGAGGUGACAACCGUGCAGGAAUUGAAGGUACUUUACAUAGGAUAUCUGCCAUAAGGAGCAGGAAAGGAAUGGUUGUUGGUUUGACCUGUCGAGUGGGCCGAGCUGUUACUGGGCAUGUUGACAUGGUUCGUGAUCUCCUAAAUUACAAAGAAAGUAUUCUAUUUUUGGGAAGGCCUGGGGUAGGCAAGACGACUGUUAUGCGUGAGAUUGCACGUGUUUUAGCAGAUGAAUUUCAGAAAAGAGUGGUAAUUGUGGACACAAGUAAUGAGAUUGGUGGGGAUGGGGAUGUUCCUCAUGCUGCGAUUGGUGGAGCAAGAAGAAUGCAAGUACCUGAACCAUCAAUGCAGCAUAGGGUGAUGAUUGAAGCAGUUGAAAACCAUAUGCCUGAGGUGGUUAUUGUAGAUGAGAUCGGAACUGAAGCGGAAGCACAAGCUUGUCGAUCAAUUGCAGAAAGGGGUGUUAUGCUUAUUGGCACUGCUCAUGGAGAACGACUUGCAAACAUCAUUAAGAACCCAACCUUAUCUGACUUGAUUGGAGGUGUAGAAACUGUUACUCUUGGAGACGAUGAGGCUCGUGCUCGACGAAGUCAGAAAAGUAUUCUGGAGAGGAAAGCUCCUCCAACAUUCCCUUUCCUUAUCGAGAUGAGGGAGCGACAUUACUGGGUAACACAUCGGACAGAAAGGAGCGUGGAUAUGCUACUGCAUGGCAAGAAGCCGCUGGUUGAGGUCAGGAAAAGGGAUAAUGAGUUUCAGGUUGUAAUUGAAAGAUGGGCAACAUAUGAUGGCGAUGGACUCUGA